AUGGAACCAAAUUUAAAAGCAAAAUUGAAAGGAAUCGAUGCAUUUUGCGGCGAACGAUAUUGGGACCCCGAAAUAUGGAAUGCCACCACGGUCCCCAUUCUCACCCAAUGCUACCAGCACACAACUCUGGUCUGGUUCCCCACAGCCAUUGUCUUCCUGCUGGCCCCUAUUCUUACAGCCCAAAUCUUCUACCGCCGACCGAAUCCCAUUCCAUGGACACGACGGAUACAAUUGAAAGUUGGGCUGGCGUGCGUGCUGAUUGCCGAUUCCUUAUCAUUGUUUACCGUGGCGAUCUAUGAGACACUGUUCCAAGGGUUCCCCUACGCCGUUGAUUUUGUCUACCCACUGACGUUAUGUCUCGCGAUGAUUGUCCUCACGGCUUUAAUCGUCUCUUGCCGCAACUAUGGAAUCGUCACAUCUGGAGGUCUUUUCAUUAGUUGGCUUGUCUUCACCCUCUCCGCUGUCCCAGAACUAAUGUAUUGGAUGCAACAAAUGUUCUAUCCUAACAAGCCGUGGGAUUGGUUGGACUAUCCCCGAUGCAUUUCCUUCAUAGUUUGGUUCUUCUGUUGCUCACUGGAAACUUAUCUUCACUGCUAUGCGGACUACUCGCCGGAGGGAUACAAAUAUUUGAAUACAACAAGAAAUCCGAGUCCAGAAAUGACGUCUUCCUUCUUGAAUCGUAUCACAAUGUGGUGGUUCAACCCUUUGUGCAGUUUGGGUGUUCGGAAACCAUUGGAAGUGUCGGAUUUGUAUUCGUUGAAUGAGGCAGACACUUCGAACUUGCUAGUGCCAAAGUGGUAUAACUUGUGGGAGAAGCAGAGUAAAAAAUGCGAAGAACGCAAUCGCCGCCGAGCAGACGAAACCCAUACUCCUCGUCAACGCACAUCCUCCAACGACACCACUCCACUGCUUCAAGACCAAGGUACCGACGACUAUGGAUCUUUGCCAGCAACCCAAUCUCAAGAAUUGAUGCCUUCUAUUAUCUGGACCCUUUUCCUCAUGUUCAAAUGGGAUGUUAUCACUGCAAUGGUCGUCAAAUUCCUCUCCGACAUUCUUCUAUUCUGCAAUCCGUUGCUUUUGAAGUCCUUGAUCCGAUUCACAGAACAACUAGAACGUCCAAUGUGGCAAGGAGUGGUUUUGGCAUUUACCAUGUUCAUCUCAGCCGAGCUCUCUUCGAUUCUCCUUUCUCACUACUUCUAUUUGAUGUAUCGAGUUGGAACACGAGUUCAAACAUGUCUCACCGCUGCUGUCUACCGUAAAACUCUCCGUUUGUCGAAUUCAGCUCGUCGUGAAAAGACAGUCGGAGAAAUUGUAAACCUUAUGGCUAUUGACAUCGACCGUUUCCAACAAAUCACCCCACAAACUAUGCAAUACUGGUCGAACCCCUUCCAAAUUGGACUUGCUCUCUUUUUGCUUUUUCAACAACUCGGAGUUUCAGUGUUCAGCGGUGUCAUUGUGAUGGUUCUGCUGUUCCCUGUUAAUUUCGGAAUUACCAUGAUCAUCAGAAAGUGGCAAAUUGAGCAAAUGUACUACAAAGAUGAACGAACAAAGAUGGUAAACGAGGUGCUCAAUGGAAUUAAGGUUAUCAAGUUGUACGCAUGGGAACCACCCAUGGAGCAAGUGAUUGAGGACUUGAGAGAAAAAGAGUUGGGGCUCAUUAAGAAGGCCGCAUUCUUGAGAACAUUUUCGGAUAUGCUCAAUUGCGCAUCUCCAUUUUUGGUGGCUCUUUCAACAUUCGCAACUUUCAUCUUUAUCGAUCCAUCAAACGUGCUAACUCCAGAAAUUGCAUUUGUCUCUCUAACGCUUUUCAAUCAACUUCGUUCUCCAAUGUCUCAAGUGGCAGAGCUAAUUACUCAAACUGUGCAAGUAAUUGUUUCCAAUCAACGACUCAAGGAGUUUUUGAUGUCUGAAGAGCUCAAUGAGGAUGCAAUCGAUCAUAGAGCAAGAGAUAACAGUGACGUUAUCUGCGUCAAGGAUGCAAGUUUGUCUUGGGAGUCUCCUGAUGAGAAGCCUGUUCCAAGUCUGACGAAUAUCAGUUUCAAGGUUCAUCGUGGAGAAUUAGUCACGAUUGUUGGAAGAGUUGGUGCUGGAAAAACCUCGAUGCUUCAAGCCCUAAUGGGAGAGAUGGAGAAGAUUAGUGGAUCCAUUUCCAUGCAUGGCCGUCUUUGUUACGUUCCUCAGCAACCAUGGAUGCAAAAUAAUACGCUCCGACAGAAUAUCACUUUUGGAAAACAGUUUGAUGAAUAUUUCUACUCCCGAGUCUUGGAUGCCUAUCUACAAAUUCUACCCCUGGGAGAUAGUACAGAAAUUGGAGAAAAGGGGAUCAACUUGUCGGGAGGGCAAAAAGCGCGUAUCUCCUUGGCUCGAGCUGUCUACCAAAAUCAUGAUAUCUACCUGAUGGAUGACCCAAUGAGUGCCGUAGAUGCUCAUGUUGGAAGUCAGCUUUUCAACUCUGUUAUCGGCCCAGAAGGAAUGCUGCGCAACAAGACAAGGAUUCUAGUGACCAAUGAGUUGUCCUACCUUGCAAAAUCAGAUCUGAUUAUUGUGAUGAAUGAUGGAAAAAUUGAAUACGAAGGAAAAUACAACGAUUUGAUGCAACAAGGAGCUUUUGAGCAGCUACUCAUUGAAUGUGAGCAAGAAGAAAGAGAACGAAGAGAGGCAGAGGCUUCAGACGACGAGAGUGAAGGAUCCGAACCAGGAGGAAUUAUGAUUGAGAAUGACUCUGAUUUCGAAUACGAGGAUGAUAUGAUGGCUUCUCCUAUCAUCGACCACGUCCUUGGUACCAGCCACAUGUCCACGGUGUCUGGAAUCAUCAGUCGUCGCAGAACGUCCCAGGCAAAACAACGUCGUCGUAUGUCUACCACAAAGUCCCGUACCGCUUCAAUUGUGUCUGCUUCUACUACCAACACCCGUCAAUUGACUGGAGCUGAACGAGUGGAAACGGGACGAGUGAAAAUGGACACGUAUUAUAAUUAUUUUGGAGCUAUGGGAAUAUCAAUCGCAGUGAUUUUUGUCCUUGGUAUGACCACUAGUACGAUAGUGUCGAUGGGAAGAAAUUUAUGGCUUACGGAUUGGUCGAAUGAUAAUGCCGCAAGAACAGGAACGAAUUCUACGGGGAAGACGAUUGGAGUCCGAUUAGGAGUUUAUGCAGGGCUUGGAUUUUCUGAAAUCAUCCUGCUCUUCAUUGGAAUGCUUUCCCUUCUUUACGGUGGUGUCUCCGCAUCUCGAAACCUUCACGCUCCUCUAAUGCGAAAUCUCUUCCGGGUUCCAAUGUCUUUCUACGACACAACUCCAUUUGGAAGAAUUUUGAAUCGUAUUGGAAAAGAUAUCGAGACAGUUGAUGUCCUACUUCCAUUCAAUGUACAAUUUUUCGCUCAGUGCUUGCUUCAAGUGGUCUCUACCCUAAUAAUCAUUAUGAUUUCAACACCAGUGUUCGGAAUUGUAAUUAUACCACUUUCUGUGAUGUAUCUGAUGGUUAUGAGAUACUAUAUCGCGACGUCCCGACAGCUGAAACGUUUGGAAUCUAUCACCAGAUCCCCUAUCUACAGUCAUCUCUCGGAAUCGAUUCAAGGCUCGGCAACAAUUCGUGCGUACCACCUUGUUGAUCGGUUCUGUAAGCUAUCAGAAUCCAAAGUGGAUUCUCAUGUCCAGUGCCGCUACCUUAACUAUGUGGCAAAUCGUUGGCUGUCAGUAAGAUUGGAAUUCAUUGGAAAUUGUAUUGUACUCUUUUCCGCGUUGUUCGCCGCCCUGACAAGAUCUACAACCACUUCUGGAGUCAUUGGACUCUCCGUUUCCUACGCUUUGAACAUCACCACAGUACUCAACUUUGCUGUUCGUCAAAUCACGAAAUUAGAGACCAAUAUUGUUUCUGUGGAGCGUGUGAAGGAAUAUGCCGAGACAGAAACUGAAGCAGAAUGGAAGUCGGAACCUGGAAAGGAGCCGCCACAGAACUGGCCAUCGGAGGGUCGAAUUAUCAUGAACAACUAUUCAGCUAGAUAUCGUGCUGGGCUCAAUUUGGUCGUGAAGCAACUAAAUGUAGAAAUCAAACCACACGAGAAGAUUGGAAUCGUCGGACGAACCGGAGCUGGAAAAUCGUCUGUGACAUUAUCCCUCUUCAGAAUAAUUGAAGCAGCAGAGGGUCAAAUUAUUGUUGAUGGUAUUAAUCUUGCCGAAAUUGGACUCCAUGACCUUCGAUCCAAUCUAACUAUUAUUCCACAAGAUCCGGUACUCUUCUCUGGCAGUUUGCGGUUCAAUCUAGAUCCCUUCCAUCACUACACAGACGAUGACAUCUGGAAGAGCUUGGAGCAAGCAAAUCUGAAAGAUUUCGCCACGGCACAUCAUGAGAAAUUGGAUUAUAUGAUUACAGAAGGUGGAGAUAACAUCAGUGUUGGUCAACGCCAAUUGGUCUGUCUGGCUCGUGCACUUCUUCGUAAAACUCGAGUAUUAAUUCUGGAUGAAGCAACUGCCGCUGUUGACGUCUCUACCGAUGCGCUUAUUCAGAAAACUAUUCGUGAAGAAUUCGAAAAUUCCACAGUUCUCACCAUUGCUCAUCGUCUAAACACUAUUAUGGAUUACGAUAGGUGCUUUUAUUUUUUGGACCACAUCAUCUAUCUUUUUUAUUUUUUUUCCAGAAUUAUCGUGCUCAACGAUGGAAAGGUUGGCGAGUUCGACAGUCCACAGAAGCUUCUGGCGAAUCGUGCAUCCGAAUUCUAUUCAAUGGCUAAACGAGCUGGUUUGGUACACUAG